GGGGGAACCGGCGAGUUCCGGGCCGCGCCGCCGGCGGAGGGGCCGCGCCGCUGCCGCCGCCGCAUCAUCCUUUUGGAGGAUUACAGCACUGAGAUUUCUGGAGUCUGCUGUAUCUAGCCAUAAUGAGUUCAUCAUUGGUUGCUUAUGAUGAUUCAGACUCUGAGGCAGAAACGGAAAAGACUGAAGUUCCCCAUACAUCUAGUACAGGAACAAGCCUUCUGAGUUCUUCUGUAAAACAUGUUCAAUAUUUUGCACCUGGUAGUCUGGGCAUAAAAUCUGUGUAUGAAAUGCAACCUACUGAGAACACUGACUAUUCUGGCACGGACAUUGUUUGUGAAGAUUCCACUGAGCAUUAUACUCAGAAUAAUAACAUUGAUUUGACAUCUUAUUGUAGGAGAGCUCACCCUAGCCGCACUGCAUUAUGCAUGUCCUACAGAAACUAUGAACAAACAUCAAGCUCUUCGGUAAACUCUGGCAUUUCUCCUCAGAAGCGAAUACAUAAAGACAAUAUUACUACUAUAAAGGGAAUUAGACCAUAUAUCCCUAAAAGGCUGCGUCAAGAAAAUUCUGGUAUGCGCAAAGAAAAAGAAUCUGAUCAGGGAGGGAAUUCAAACUGUGAUGUUAAGUUAGGCAUUUCAGGAGAACAGACUUUGACAAAGAUCUCUGAAUUAAUUAAGCCCUAUUUAGGAUCCAAAUACAAAUUAACUGAAGUCCCUAAAAACUUAGUAUUUCAUAUAUCUAAACACAGUGGUCCUGUUAAUGAAAUCCAAUGGUGUCCUGUACGAGAACAGAGUCACAUGCUUCUCUCAGCUUCUAUGGAUAAAACAAUCAAGGUGUGGGAUGCUGUAGAUACAGGCUGCUGUUUAAAAACGUACUCCUGUCACUACUGCGCUGUCCGAGCUGCCCAGUGGUCGCCUUGUGGAAAAAGAAUUCUCAGUGGGGGCUUUGAUUCCAUGCUUCAUUUAACAGAUGUUGAAACAGGGAAGCAGAUAUUUAGCAGCAAAAAUGAAUUUAGGAUCAGCACACUGAAGUUCUACCCUACAGAUUCAAAUAUUUUCAUUUGCGGAGGGUUCAGCCCAGAAGUUAAAGCCUGGGAUAUAAGGAAUUGUAAGGUGAUAAGAGUAUACAAAGCUGCAGUACAACAGACACUGGAUAUAUUGUUUCUCCCUGAAGGAAGAGAAUUUCUUACAAGCACGGAUGCAGUAAGCCGAGACUCAGCUGAUCGUACCAUUAUUGCAUGGGACUUCCAAAGUGCUGCGAAAAUCUCCAAUCAGAUUUUUCAUGAGCGUUACACUUGCCCAAGUCUGACUCUGCACCCCAAAGAGUCUGUGUUUGUUGCUCAGACAAAUGGAAACUACAUGGCAUUGUUUUCUUCCCAACGACCUUACCGAAUCAACAAAAAGAAAAGAUAUGAAGGACAUAAGGUGGAAGGAUUUGCAGUGGGCUGUGAAUUUUCUCCAGAUGGAACACUUUUGAUGACAGGAAGUUCAGAUGGCAAAGUCUUUUUCUACAACUAUCAUACUGCUAGGAUUAUUCGCACUUUGUCUGCGCAUAGGGAAGCCUGUGUGAGUGCAACAUUUCACCCCGUCUUACCAUCGCUCCUUGCAACAUGUGACUGGGCUGGAGAAAUCAAGAUCUGGCAAUAACAAGCCAUAGUUAACUUUUCAGGAUGUCUUUUAUGAGCCUAUCAAAGGAUAGGGUCUGGUGUUUCAGAAUGGAUAAGUCAAGGUAUGCAAUGUGAAUUUUUGUUGAGUAAAAGAUACUGUUGUCUUUUUGUGUGUGUGUGUGACCUCUACAUAUAUGCUUUGAUAAUAGAAAUUAAGCUGAUCUUGGGAGUAGAAGUGGUCUUACUCUCUUCCUGGCAUGGGCCACAAGUUUCUGCCUUUUUUAUGUCAACAUUCUUGUGCUCAUCUAGCCCUAGAGUGGUUUGAGUAGCUAAACUUGAAGAAAACUAUUAAUCUUUUUAUGUAGUUUUUCACUACAGCUUGGUUAAACUAGUUUUUCAUUAGUUUAGUUCUCUCCCUGGUCACUGAAGGGUUAGACAAUCAUCAGUGCAGUGCAAGGGAAAACAGCUUCCUCUCCACACAGGAAAGCAGGUGAGACUGCCUCUUUUGAAAAUAGGUAGCCUUUUGGUCAACUCAGCUUAUUGUAAAAUGUAGAAGAAUCAUCUUUGUCUUUUACAUCUUUAGUGUAAAAGAAUUCUAAGGCAAGACUUUCAAGAUAAUUUGGAGUUAAUUCUGGAAGUCAAUAUACUAGUGUUCUCAAAAUCUCAUAUCUAAAUUUAAGGGUCUUAAAUUUGAUUUUUUUU